CGGAGGAAAAUAUCUACCUUAUUCGUGGAAUAAAUAAGAUAUCAUGAUGGAUGUCUAGAUCUCGGGACUUGAGAUAAUGUGGUCGAAACUCUCAAGUGGGAGGCCUAAUUGAGCAACAAUUAUAGGAAUAUGAUAACACCCAAAAUGGUGUUAUUUAGCCUUCAUAUUUAGGGUCAUUCAAGUCAUUUCGUGGUCUUAAUGGUUCAUAUAUCAUCAAAUACAUCCCUCUUUCGUUCCUUGAAGAGAAUAUUUUCAUAUUAGGAUGUUUUAGAUUAUAUGAACGUUUUUGUACGAAAUGGGGUCACACAUGUUGAAGAAUGGGCCAAAAUGGUGUUUGCGUAUGAAGGAGUGAAGAUCACGGCCGAGAUGUUGGGGUGCGGAGUAGAGCAUAAAGAUCACGACCUUCAAGCCAAAGAUCGCGGCCUAGAAAAUGGAGCUUCGGGGCAAACUUGAAGAUGCAGUCGUCAAGGGAGGACCAGAGAGUCUCGAUAGUCAACUCAUGACUCCUAUUGUCCCAGCCUCCAAGAAAGAUCACGGUCGUGACCAUAAAUUCAGGCCGUGAUCUCCAAAGCCAGACGGACCGAAGUCACUGUAGUUAAGAUCAGAGCCUCUCUCCUUCAGAUCACAAUCGCGAUAUCCUGCCCCGUGCUCGUGAACUUGCCUGUGUCCUCAGAAUUAUAUAAAUUGAGGACUCCUCCCUUUGAAUAGAUGGCUUUUGGAAGAUUUCUUAUUAUAGAGUGAGGCUAGAGAGAGAAGUAGAAGCUUGGAGAAGAAGAGGAGAUAAGAAGUGGAAAAGAGAUUUGGAGGAGGAUUUCCAACAAUUGAAGACCCCUUCCUCAUGAUUUCUUUCCCUCUUUGCAUGUCUCUUCUUCCCUCCUUCAUGGGGUAGUCCCUCAAGCUACUUUUGGGCUUCAUCCCCAAACCCUAAACUAGGGUUUGGUAUAUAAUAGGAUGCUUUAGGCUAGAUUUGUGAAUUACUAUGAACAUAUUUGCCUAUGUCUAUUUCAUGAUCGUCUUUCUCUACAUCAAGUAGUGUGGAUUGUCUUUAUCCCAUUAGCCCUAGUUUCAACUUAUGUGAUAGGUGAUAUUCAUUCUCAUUCUUGUGAUCUAUGGAUGAAUUGUGUUUACCUAGAGUUUUGUGCUUCAUCUAUGAUUAAUUGUGUUUGGCCUUGUCUCUCCAACUAUUUUCAUUUAGCCUACCACUAAGUCAAUGAAAAAGUUUGGAGUUCAUGAAUUAGACUAGAUUCGAUUUUACCCCUUGAAAUUCCAACCUUUCAUUUUACCCCUUGACAUUCCAUCCAUUUUCUCUGGUUAUUUGAUUUAAUUAAGAUUAAUUAAUAGGGAUUAAUUUUAAAAUUUAAAACCCACCCAAUAAGUACAGGUGUUACCCUAACCAAUUUUGGAUCCGACUCAUUCAUUUUUUACGGGUCGAAUCUAAAUCCAAAAGUCUGGGCUUUAUGGAAUCUGCUGCCAUUGCCAAUCGGUCCAAUCCAAGCCCAAGCCCAUCUCCAAAUUGUUGUGAAGCUCCCGCCCGAAUAUAGAAACGGAAUUCGAACACCAUAAAAUUCAAAUUUUGGAACCAAAGAGAGAGAGAGAAAAAAAAAAAGAAGGUGAAUGCCAGUCGCCAGAGGGCCGAAGGCAGAUCUAUGACUAUGAGUGAAAGAGAGAGAUGUCGCAACGACUCUAGAGUAGCAGAGACUGAGCGUAGAUAUAUGGGAGAAAUGGAGGCUGACAAGGAAGAGAGGCAACUCCGCAGUAGAAUCGCCAAAAUCUUCGACGAGGCCAAGACCUCCAACGCCACCCACAUUCGGAAGCUCAAGGACCUCUCUUCCGUCCUUGCCAAGGCCUCCUCUCCUCGCCAGUUCGCUGCCGCAUUCUGCAGGGUUUUGACUCCUCUUUUCUGCAUCCAGCGCCGGACUUCUUCCGCUGAGCGCAUCGUCCGCUUUGUCUCAGCUUUCGCCUGCGCCCGCGCGUCUUCCGGCUGUGACCAAUUUCUCGAAGAGUUGGUCCAGUUCUUAUUAGUCGCUUCUGCCGCUGCAAAUAAGACUGCAAGGUUUAGGGCUUGCCAGAUGAUUUCUGAGAUAAUCAUGAGGCUGCCUGACGAUGCGGAAGUGAGUGAUGAUGUCUGGGAUGAUGUGAUUGAAUGCAUGAAGCUGCGUGUUCGUGACAAGGUUUCUUUUAUUCGCACAUUUGCUGUUCGAGCUCUUUCCCGAUUUGUGAAUGAUGCCGAGAACAGUGACAUCCUUGAUUUGCUUCUGGAAAUGCUUCAGCUGGAGCAAAGUGCAGAAGUUCGUAAGACCAUUUUGCUAGCUUUGCCACCAACAAAUGCCACCUCACUUCUGAUUAUUGAUUGCACCUUAGAUGUGAGCGAGGCAGUUCGCAAAGCUGUGUACUCUGUUAUUGCCAGUAAAUUCCCCCUAAAAAGUCUCAGCAUAAAGCUGAGGACACUUAUCCUUCAGAGAGGACUUGCUGAUCGUUCCAUUAUUGUCUCAAAGGAGUGCCUGAGGCUGUUGAGAGAUGAAUGGUUUUCUAAGUCCUGCAAUUAUGAUCCUAAAGAGCUUUUGAAGUAUUUGGAUGUUGAGACUUACGAAUUUGUUGGAGAAGCUGUGAUGGAUGCUUUGUUGAAAGAUGGCUCGAUAAAGUUACAUGAUAAACAAAGCAUCCAAGAGUACAUCGUUUCUACUGUUACUGAAAAUGAAGGAGAUCCAGCAGAUUCACCUCCCAGUAUUCAGCUUAUGGAACCAGAGUCUGCUAUUUAUUGGAAAACAGUGUGCAGGUUCUUACAAACAAAAGCACAAGCAAAAGGCUCCGAUGCUGCUGUAACAACAGGCACUGAAGCUGCAAUGUAUGCAGCUGAAGCUUCAGAUAACAAUGACUUGUUGGACAAAAUACUUCCGGCUACAGUUUUUGAUUAUGUAGCUCUUGUCAGAGCUCAUAUAGAUGCUGGGGCAAACUACCGCUUUGCAUCUCGGCAACUGCUACUACUUGGUGCCAUGCUCGAUUUUUCUGAUUCUACAAGCAGGAAAAUAGCCGGUGCCUUCCUGCAAGACCUGCUGCGUAGGCCCUUAGACUUUGAAAUUGACGAGACUGGGAUUGAAGUGGUCAUUGGAGAUGGGUUAAACCUGGGCGGUGACAAGGAUUGGGCUGAUGCUGUAACCAGUUUGGCAAAAAAAGUCCAUGUUGCAAUUGGAGAAAUCGAGAGUGCUGUUCUUGGGGUUGUAGAAGAACUUGCCAGGCCUUGUCGGGAGAGGACUGCUGAUUUCAAGCAAUGGAUGCACUGCCUGGCUGUGACAGGUCUUCUUUUGCAAAAUGUAAAGUCGUUUCACUUGCUUCAAGGGCAGGCUAUCCAACCAUCCGAGUUGCUGCAGUCUUUGCUGCUUCCUGGGGCGAAACAUUCUCAUUUAGAUGUGCAGAGGGUUUCUGUUCGAUGCCUUGGUCUUUUUGGCUUGUUAGAGAAGAAGCCAAGUGAAGAUGUGGUGAAGCAGUUAAGGGUUUCUUUCAUAAAGGGUCCAGCUCCUAUCAGUACAAUGGCAUGUAAGGCUUUAAUAGACCUUGUGCUUUGGCAUGGUCCUCUUGAAGUCGAUAAGGCAUUGAGGCCGGGUGAUGCAUCUCAAUUGGAGCAGAUCAAAAUGGCAUUUACUGCUUUAAACUUCCUCGAUGCUGAUGAUAAUAUGGACGCUGAGUUUCUGGACCUUUUGUAUGCUGGUCUUGACAGAACUGACUGGGGGAAUUCGGUAGAAAGUGAUGAAAGUGAAAUUAUGCAAGCAGUUAUCGGUGAGGGAUUGGGGAAAAUUCUUCUCCUAAGUGAGAAUUAUACAAGCAUACCAACUUCUUUACACCCUUUGCUCUUGGCCAAGCUUAUUGAGUUGUAUUUUAGUGAUGAAACCAGUGGUUUGCAGAGGCUGAAACAAUGUUUAUCUGUCUUCUUUGAACACUACCCUACACUUUCAGCUAAUCACAAGAAGUAUUUGUCUAAGGCGUUUAUUCCAGCAGUGCGUUCAAUGUGGCCGGCAAUCUUUGGAAAUGCUGGAGGAACUGCGGUCGUAGUGUCUAACUUGCGCAAACAUGCAACCCAAGCAUCCCGGUUCAUGGUCCAGAUGAUGCAUGCUCCAUUAUAUGCUGUGCAUGAUGAGACUGAGAAUGCAGAGAGUGGUACUGGAUCAGUGGAAAAUGCAAACCAUUCAUCAGGACCUUCACUUGAAUGCAGAGAGGAAGGACUUGCAGUACGCAUAGCUGCAGAGCUUGCCAGCUUCACAGGGAAGAGAACAGCUGCAGAGAGGUCAUACAUGUCAGCACUCUGCAGAACACUAGUCCUGAUCCAGUUUCAUCCAUCAGAACAAGACGCGAUAAGGCUAAUGAGACGUCUUUUGAAUCAUCUGUCUGCAAAUGUACAUUUAGAGAAAGAUGCCAUGAAAGAGUUGAAGCUGAUGGCUGAACGUCUUGAGUCAGUUGACAGUCGACCAGAGGAGGCACUUGCGCUGGAUCAGGCCAAUCUUAUAUUUGGUAAGCUGGAGUUGGACUUCAACUUGGAUGUGAACGUUCCUGCUGCUAGUUGUACGAUCCCGCAAACGCCAGCUCGCCCUCGACCAGGUAGAGGAGCAAGCCGGUCGAGGAGGCGAGCGAAGGACGAUGAAGAAGAAAUGUCUUCGGAAGAAGAAAGUUCGCCCGUGUCAGUUCCGGUAGCUGCAGGGAGUAGCCGGUCGCAGAGGGCGAGCAAAACUGCAGCAUUGACCAAGAUGAUGAGUACUGCCAACAGAGUUGCUACGGCAAGAAUUGAGGAAGACGAUGAAGAUGAAGGAGAAGAGUCGGAGGUGACGUCACAAGAUUCUGAUGACAGUGACGAGGAAGAGUUCUUCUAAGCGUUUCCCUUUUCAGACACAUGCGUAUAGGUGCUGUGCUUCCUCGGCACUAGUUCCAUUGCAUAGACGACAUUCCAGAGUUUAGUUUCUGUUGUUUGUUAUUGUUAUUAUGUCCACUACGAAAUGGGAGCAACUGUGUAUCGUAUGUGCUGUGUGUUUACAAGCAUGUUAAGGCUAUUCCUGCUAGGUAUUUCAGCAAGCUAGCUGCAGUUUGAAGGAUACAAUAACUGUAGUUCGCUAUUCUUCCAGCUUUACCGUCGGCCUCUGAAGGGUUCCAUUUCGAAUCAGGGUAGCAAAACCAAUGGGGUUUCCGGAUCCACUAUGUUCCCAGUAGGACUGCAAGUGCAAAUGAGCCUGAGUUUUACUCCAACUUGAGCUUGAUUCGUUAAUAAAUGAGCUGAGUUUGAGCUCGAGCCAUUUAUUAACGAGCCGAGUCGAGUUCGAGUUAGACUUGUUUACUAAAUUCUUAAAUCGUAUUUGAUAUAUGAGCACUUCUACUAUGCUCUAAAGUAUGAGUGUUUUAAUGUACAACUUGAAGUUGUACCAUAACGUUAAAUGUAUAAGUUUAGAUUGUACCAAUAAGGAAUUUGUACCCUUAUGUUAUGGUACAACUUUACAACUUAAAGUUGUACAAUCACAUAAAUGUACAAGUUCAAGUUGUACCAUGAAAGAAUUUGUACAAAAGAGUAUAGGUACAAUCUAAAGUUGUACCAUAACGUUAAAUGUACAACCUCAAGUUAUACCAUAAAGACAAAAACCUAUAGCACCAAUGCUAUAUAGCAUAGUAAAAUUCCUCUUGAUAUAUUCAUUUUGUAUGUCGUGGAUGGUACAUGUAAGAUGUAACAAUUAAAAAAAUAAUCAAAUGUUCAACAUUAAUUAAUCUUAUAUUAUAAUUUGUAGGUGUCAUUGUUUAGUUAAUAAAUUUUAACUAGUUCAAAUCAUGUUAUUUCAUAGUAUCGAAACAAUUUGUACAUAAUUUCUUUAUAGAAAUUAAAAAUAAGGCAUAUUUUCUUACAUGUUCAACAUGUUAAACUUUACAUGAUGUGAGAUAUAUAAUUUAACAAUCCUAUGAAUUAUAAAAAUCCAAAUUAGAUCGAUUCGUCCAUAAGUCUGUGAUCUAGUUGACCCUCAAACCACAAUGUUGAGACAUCUCAUAAGCUCAAAAUGAGCCAACUCACGACUCACUAGUUGAGCUCAACAAGUCACCGGGUCGAGCUAGCUCGAGAGCUUUGUGAGCUCAACAAGGCUAAACUCAAGCUUGGCUCGUUAGUAAAUGAGUUGAGUUUCGAACGAAUUUUUCCGGAUUCGAGCCUCGAGUUGCUCGAGAGUAGCUCAGCUUAUUUGCAGGCCUAGUUGCCAGUUCCUACAAGAAGCUGUCAGUCAUGUGUUACUGAGAAAUGGAAAGCACGCCAUAAAUGGAAAGCAGCUAAGUGGGGUAAAAUGUCAUUACCAACAAAUUCAUACGAAGAAGACAAAAAUUGAGUAUUGAUUAUCAUUACAAUCUUUGGAAAGGACACGACAACAUGAGCAUAUACACCCUAUUAUUAUUAGGGUUAAUACAUUAUUUUGGCCCAAAAUUUUCACAAAUAUACUAUUGUCUCGUAUUUUCCGAAACUCCUAUCUUACACUAACCUAUGCACCAUCUAAACUAAUUUGAUCGAACACGUGGAUUGACCGUCAGUUGGACGGUCAACAAUGUUGACCGUUAAUGAGUCAGCGUAUAUGGCUUACGUGGAUCCCAAUAUGUCUGAAAAACUAAUAAAAUAAUUUAAAUAAAAUUAAACAUGUUAUGAAUAAUUAUUCCGAUUAUGGGAAUAAGCAACACCAUUAACAUGAAACAGAAGAGAAGGAGUAACACCGCGUUUAUUUCAUACUCUCAUAGAGUGAUUACAUUAGGAGAGCACAUAUAUACAGAGAGGUGAAGGAGAAGAGAGGUUGUGUAUCUCCAUUUGUCUUCUUUGCUUGCCUUUUAUAGGCAAUUGAACAGAUGCAUCCCAACUCAUUUCCUUAUCAUAAAUGGAAUAGGUGAGAGGUUACGAAGGUGGUGGUUUGGGAUUGAGUGCAGGAGGAAGGACUUCCACAUACAUAUUCUAUAAUACUCCCCAUUGGAUGUCCAUUGAUCAAGAACAUGCCUCGUUAAAAUGUUACUAGGAAAAUCCAGUGGGAUAAAAACCUAGUGAAGGAAAAAGAGUACAUGAUUAUUUUGUUACGCCUUUGUUACUGCCUCAUUAAAAACCUUACCAGGAAAACCCAGUGGGAAAAACCUUGGUUAAGGGAAAAAGAGUGCAGUGCGUAAAGUCUCCCCCUUAUGGAGAAAUCUAUCAACAGUUUGAAGUCUUCGAGCUCCAAUAUAUUUUCACAUGACGUUGUGGAAUAUAGUAUUUUUAUAGACAAAUCUGCUGGAUAAUCAUUUAACAAACUUUGUUGUUUCCACAAUUUUUCAUGAAGUUCGUUAUUGAAAAACAAACUUCGCUAAAAAUAUCCUCAUAUGUAUCUUUUCAGAAGAUACAUGUAAUAUGACUUUUAUAUAUGAUCGUCUAGAUCAAUCUUUGAGAAAUAUGUCAAAUAAUGGAUAACUAUAUCAAAUAGAUCAUUAUUCUCAUAGUGAUAUUAAUCAUCAAUAUAUCUUACUCAUUCUUAUCAUUUGUGCAUUUUUUAUAUAUAUUUCUUGAUGCACACGACUUUCCCUUGCAAAUAUUUGAUUUGCAAUCCAGAGGAUAGUCUAGUUCUUUCAAGUUAUUGGUUUCAAUUACUUUUGAAUACUCUUCUAGAGUUUCAAGUCAUUCAAUAACUUCCUAUGUUUGAAUACUCUUCUAGAGUUUCAAACCUAUUUAUACCUUCAAUCUCAACUUGAGAUCAUUGUUUAUAAAUGUGUCGGACACCCCAAAGGUGGCAAAGAAUUUAUCAACACAUUGUUAUAAGACGUUUGGUACCUUUAACCAAUGACUCUUUGUCAGAACACACAAAACUGUCAUUGGAAGGCAUUCUAGGUAAAUAUAUUCUCCUGUCUCGAAUGUAUUAUUUCCUUCUUGUAGGAAAUUCAUUGAUACUGUCAUUUUAACGAUGCUCUUUCGAUUUGAUUUCAGAGUUUUAAUGAGUUGGAUAAUGUUCCCCAGAACCUUAAUAUGUUUGCUUCGAGCAAACUAACUCCUUCAAAGAGUUUCGUAUCGAUAUCAUUUAUCAAGCACAUGCUUAAUAAGUGCAUUGUAACAAAAUUCAUUAGACGCG